GAUGCGCCGACUGCAGAUCCGCGGACUCCUCCUUGCUCCUCAGCAAUGCAUCCGCAUUUUGUGGUGAGGGCCACGAAGAGAGCUUGUGUGAAGCCAUGGGUUAUUGGUCUCAUCACCUUUUUAUCCCUGAUUGUUCUGGCAGUGUGCAUUGGACUCACUGUUCAUUACGUGAGAUACAAUCAAAGGAAGACCUACAAUUACUACAGUACAUUGUCAUUUACAAGUGAAAAACUCUAUGAUGACUUUCAAAGAGAGGCUUCUAAAAAUUUCACAGAAAUGAGCCAGAGAAUUGAAUCAAUGGUGAAAAAUGCAUUUAAUAAAUCUUCACUGAGGGAAGAAUUUGUCACGUCUCACAUUAUCAGAUUCAGUAAAGAGGAAAAGGGAGUGUUGGCUCAUAUGCUGCUCAUUUUUAGAUUUCGCUCUACCGAGGAUCCUGAAACCAUAAAUAAAAUUAUUCAACGUGUUCUACAUAAAAAGCUGCAAGAUGCUGUAGGGCCCCCUGAAUUAGAUCCUGAAUCAGUUGAAAUAAAAAAAAUCAACAAGACAGAAACAGACAACUUUCUGAACAACUGUUGUGGGACUCGAAGGAAUAAAGUUACAAAGCAGAGUCUCAGGAUUGUUGGUGGGACACAAGUAGAAGAGGGUGAAUGGCCAUGGCAAGCUAGCCUGCAAUGGGAUGGGGUCCAUCGCUGUGGAGCAACUUUAAUUAACAGCACAUGGCUUGUGAGUGCCGCUCACUGCUUUAGAAUGUAUAGCGACCCAGCCAGGUGGACUGCCUCCUUUGGAGUGACAGUAUUUCCUUCUAAAAUGAAACAAGGCAUCCGGAGGAUAAUUGUCCAUGAAAAAUACAAAUAUCCAUCACAUGACUAUGAUAUUUCAGUUGCAGAGCUUUCUAGCCCAGUUCCCUACACAAAUGCGGUACAUAGAGUUUGUCUCCCCGAUGCAUCCCAUGAGUUCCACCCGGGUGAUGAGAUGUUUGUGACUGGAUUUGGAGCACUACAAAAUGACGGUAGCAGUCAAAAUCAUCUUUGGCAAGUGCAGGUGAAUCUCAUAGACAGUAAAACCUGUAAUAAACCUCAAGUUUACAAUAAUUCUAUAACUCCUAGGAUGUUAUGUGCUGGCUCCUUAGAAGGAAAAAGAGAUGCAUGCCAGGGUGACUCUGGAGGACCACUGGUUAGUGCAGAUGCUAGAGACAUCUGGUAUCUUGCUGGAAUAGUGAGCUGGGGAGAUGAAUGCGGGCAACCCAAUAAGCCUGGCGUUUAUACUAGAGUGACUGCCCUGCGGGACUGGAUCGCUUCCCAAACCGGUAUCUGAGAGAAAAGCUGAGGAGGAUGGAACGCAUUUGUGUUUACAGGCCAGUUUGAGAGAUACGGAAUUGCAGAAGAAGCCUUGUAGGUCACCUCGAUCUGACCAAAAAUGAAACCGUCUGCUUGAUGAAUAAUUUGCUUCCUAGCUCUGCUCUACAUGUGAGCAUCCUGCUUCUUCCAGAUGGAUUCUGUCUUCACUUGCAAUCAUUUAUUUUCUACAAAUUUUCUGUCAUUUGUGCCUUGUUGACAUAAAGUUUCUCAUGCAUGUGUACAAUUUGAAGUGGUUCCUUCCUUCAUUCCCCCAGGUUCUGUCUUAUCAAUAAAUCUCCACUUACAAGGUACAGGACAAAAAAUAAAACACUAAAAGGAAAAACUGCAAUUUUAUGCACAGAAAAAUAUUGUGGGUUUUUUUUUUUUUUUGGAACAGAAUAAAGAAAAUGAUCACAUUCACCGUGAAAGUUCAAGCAAAGACAGAUACCAUGAUGGAAAUACCAUGAUGGAAAAGGAAUGGGAACUCAGACAAGGCGAUACAGAGAGAAACAAGAUACCGCUUUUUUCCCCGUUUCCAGUCAAACAACUACAGGAAUAAAUGUGGGCAAGAUUAUGCUUUCCUGGAACCUACAAUCAUUUUACAAAAUCUAUAUAAAGCAAAUAAUAUUUAUUUAACAUGCACUGCUGAGAAUGUGGAUACAUAAUAAUAAAAAUAAUAAACCUUCCAUUUGCUUGACAUUAUAAUAUGCUAAUACGUGAAAGAGGAAAAGAUGGGGAAAUGUCACUAAUGAAUUCAUUGAAAAUUCUUUUCGAAUCUGAGGCUAAAAUGAAAAUUUAUUUAAGAACAACCAGCACAGCAUAUGCAGUAAGAUUUUUGAGUGGUUGAAUGAGAGGGGAUGAAGAGAGAAGCAGCUCAGACCACUGCAUGAAAGGGCAUUGUCACCAAGUGCUUGUGUGUUUGUAUCUGAAGCUCUCCCGAACUGCAAAGCCUUGCAUGGGAAUCAAGUCCAGAUGUUGGUAUGUGGCUAUGGUCACGCAAAGGAACCUAGAGCUCUUCCCCACAUUUAUUUCUGUAGCUUGAUUUCCACCAUUUUGAAAUAAUUGCAGACCUUCCCCACGGCUGUGCGUCCACCCCAUGCUCGCAGUGCAGGCCUCUCUGGGUUCAGAUGGGAGGACGGCAUGGGGAAGGCCUUCUGGAAGCCGACUCCCCGCAUCCAGAAUGGCACUGGAUUGCUAACUGCUUGGAUACAAAAUGGAAGAAUAAAAACUUAAUCAUCAGCCGCCUGCAUCAUUUCAGUUUUGGUAAAUUUCUGCUGAGCUGUUAGGGACACAACAUCCAAGUGGUCAAGGCCACUAUGGAGUGAGCACCGGCGCCUUGGCAGGCGCCGUGUUAAUGGUGAGGUCUCACCGAAUCUUUCAUUAACGCUUCCCUCACUGUGCACAGCUACUUAAUGCAAGUUUGUAUUGUACCACAACCACUUUGAAAACUAACGUCAGUAGGAACAUUUGACUUUAAUUGACUCAAAUAAUACUGGCAUGUGAGCUGAUAAGAUUUAGGCACUUGGUUAAAAUAAGAUAUGAAAACUGACCUGAAUUGAUGGUGUUAAAUAUUUUGCAGAAAUUAUUUUUGUUCCAUUUAAUGAAUAUUUUGAGAAAAAAAUUGAGGGAAGUGAUAGUUUUUAAACAAAGAUUUAAGUACAUUUUAAAUCUGAAUUUUUUGGUGUGACCUUGGUUCACAAACCAUACAGGUUUCAAGUGUACAGCUCAAUAAAACAUGGCCUGCACACUGCAUCGUGCGCCCGUCGC